AUGGCCGACGCGAGCUCAAUGCACAGUCUCUCCAGCACCCUUGGUACUCAGCCUAUGAGUAGUCCACCGAACGGCGACCCACAGCAGCAUGCCCAGCACCCGCAUAUAGCCAACCCGGCCGACCUCAAUCACCACGGCAUGCCUCUGAUGGGUCCCCCGCAGCCUCCCCAACAGCCUGGCGUCGAGGGUGCCCCUCCGGGAGUCCCCGAACAACCCGUCAAGCGAAAGCCCGGUCGUCCAAAAGGUAGCGGCAAAAAACCGGUCGACCCGAACGCGCCGCCAAAGAUCAAGAGGCCCGUAGGACGCCCACGUAAAGACGGUCUGCCCGCAGGUUCAGUUGGUCCUCGCCGUCCCAGCCGUCCCCGGAAGCGUCCUCCGGGGUCAUUUGCCAGCGGUCCUCAGACGUCGCCAACGGGCACGUACCCAUAUGCCACUCCAUUCGCGGUCGCAGACCCCGCGUGGGGCUCGGCUUCAGCCCCCCCUAUGGCCGUGCGUCCUGGCCGCCCAGCCGUCUUCCCAAUCGACCCAUCUCUACACGUGGACGACUGGGGCGAGAUGUCGCGGACGCGACCCGACCGGUUUUUGCACGCGCUCGUGCAGGCUCUCGAGGCCCCUAACCCCGUCUCAGGGGCCGGCCCAAGCGUCGAGGAGGCGUUCAAGUCUCACCUGAUCUCGCUCGCGCCGAACAGCAAGAACGCCGCGCCGUCGAUCCCGUCGCUCUACUCCAUCCUCAAGACGUUCUGGCUUCCGUCGUCGCCCGUCUACUUCUCCCUCACCGCCUCCGCGUCGACCGCGCGGAUCCCCUCCGAGCACCGCUUCGUCUACUGGGACCCGCAGCCGCUGGUGUUCAACGGGAUCGGGUGCCCAGUGUGCGCGUUGCCGCUGGCCAACCGCGGUCGCAUCUCGUCGGGGCCGAUCAAGGUGUACGACCUCGGCAAGCCGUUCUUUGUGAUUGGCUGCGAGUACGUGUGCACGAGCCCGGCAUGCAUGGCGCAGACGGGGAACCAAGGCCGCAAGUACGCUAGCACGGACGCGACGGUCCUGCGCGCGCUGCCCAUCAAGCUGAAGGACGAGUUCCCGGCGUUGCUGCUGCAGGGGAACCCCGACCUGGGCAGCGGCCCGGAGAUCUGGAACUGGCAGGGGAUGGGCGUGUCGACGUCGCUGUGGAACAUGGUGCGCGCGAGCGUCCGCGCGGGGCUGCGGAAGGAGGCCAUCCUCGACAUUGUGCGCGCGAUCCAGGUCGGGGUGCCCGACUUUGACUACACUUCGAUGUCGUUCAAGCACGAGGAGGAGGAGCCGGACCAGGGGAUGGACGACGAGGACGAUGAGCAACAUGACUCUCAGCAGGUGGAAGGAGAUUUGAACGCAGACAAGGAUCAAUCUACCGAGGAGUUCCAGGACGCGUGGAACGCGAACAGUGGAGUUCCGGACGGCGACGGCGCGGGACCGUCGCAGAUGCCUGAAGCAGGCCCCAGCGACUCGCAGGAACACCACUCCCCCAACGGACACCACAGCGCCAGCGCCGGUCCCCCGCCCCCGCCCCAGUCCCAGCCACCUCCGUCACAACCGCCGCCGGUCGCUCCGCCUCCGCAGUCCCAGCCGCAGCCGCACCCUCCUCCCCACUACGCCUUUGCGCCCCCACCCCCUCAGGCGCCGUACCCGGCGUACCCGUACCCGUACCCGUACCCGCAGUGGUCGCAGCCCCCGGAGCCGCAGGCCCCCGCGACGCUGAAGCGCACGUUCUCCAUCGUCGACGGCACGCCGGACCCCGGGCUGUCGGAGCCGCUGCACAAGCGCGUGCGUCACUGCUGCAAGUGCGGCAGCAACGAGUGCAAGGGCAAGGGCGGCCGGGCGUUCUGCAACAACCCGUGCCAGGACUGCGGCAAGAUGGAGUGCAAGGGCCGGAACAGCAAGCGGCCGGACAGGACGUGCUCGGACGCGUGGCCGUAA